GCAUUUUUUUAUGGAAAAAGCACUGUGAGGAUAACAUCUGCACCUCAGUGGUAGAUAACACUUCAGACUGCUUGAAAGAGAGCACUGCAAAUACCGCAGUCUUAGAAGUGUUUAUUCACAAAGAUCCUGCAUGCUGAGGAAGAACACAGGGAAAAUCAGCUGUGCAACAGGUUUGUUAACUGGACUUGCUAUGUGUAAUGAAAUGUAGGACGUGGAUGCUUGCAAUCCUAGAAGCAGUUAGGAUUUGUCAACAAGAAGAAAAUCAUGUGUAAAGCUAUCCCAGUGUAACUCAAUAUCUGUGUAACAAUGCCUGUUUCUAAUUAGCUUGGUGUGAAAAUAAUAAAAAGAAACCAUCAGUUUCUGAAAUAAGACUGGCCAGAUCGAGAAUUGAUAUUAUGUUGAUAAAUUUGACUUGUGUAGAUAUGGUAUUCCUUAUGUGUACCACAAAAGGUAAAAAAUUGGUCUUUCAGAGAAGAUAAAACAGCAGAGGAUUAGCAAAGAUCAUUGAGCGUAAUCUCUGCAUUUCUGUUUUGGAUUUGCGAGGAUAAUGCCCCGUUUUCAUGGGGAAGUUGUGAAACAGAAUGAAGAGCUGAGUUUGCUGGGAACAGAACAUGAGUUAUCUCCAUUGCUAAAGCAAGCAAAUAGGCAGUUGUUUAAAAGAAAGCAGGACGAGUGCAGAAACACCACCGCUGGUAUUUUUGGCUAACUGUUGCUCAGUGCUAGUUAACCUUCACACGUUGCAGUCUGCUAGAAUGAAACAGUGCUUUUGCUGCACAGAUAGAAAUCCAAGUAAUCUCUUUGCUAUUUUUCACUGAGCUGUUCAGGAUUUACACUCACAGCUGAGAACAAGAAUGCUGUAAAUAACGUUAUCUCGCCAAAAACGGGGCUCUCCUCCAAGAGAGCGCUUCAUCCUGGAUUCUCGGAGUUCCACAGGUCUCGCUGUCUGAGCUACCGAAGCGCUGCCGGCAGUUCGAAGUGAGGUUUAGAAGACUCCUUCCGAUAAAGCAUCUUCCAACGUGUCCUUACGUGUGUUCCUCCCUUCGCCUUCCUGGCCCGGAACUUUGCGAGCCCGGAACGCUGGCGCAGAGCGGCGGGGCGGGGGACUGCGAGAGAAGAGCAGUAGUAGCUGCCGCCGAGGCCGUGUCCGGGACGCGUUGCGCAGGUUUUAUUCCUCCUUCCCUCCGCUGCUGCUGUGCCGCGCCGACCGGCCCAUGUACCGACAGAGCUUCCGACCCCCGACGCCUCCGUACGCGGGCGGCGGGUUCCGGAGCCCUCCCUCCGGCGGUGGCGGCCCCGUGCCCCCCUCGCCCCGGGGCUACGGGAGCCCGCACCACACGCCGCCCUACGGCCCGUGGCCCGGGCCUUACGGCGGCGGGCUCUCGCCCCGAGGCCCCGGCUUCGGCGGCGGCGGGCGGUUCGGGAGCCCGUCGCCGGGGGCGCAGACGCCGCGCAGGCCGCAGAGCGCCAGCCCCCGCUACCCGGCUCCCCGCGGCGGCAGGUCCCCGGCCGGAGCUGCCCCGCAGCCGCAGCAGCACAAGCGCUCACCCGGGGGCUACCAGAGGCACUACCAGGGAUCACCCAGGACAUCUACUCCAUUUGGUACAGCGCAUGGCAGAGAGAAAAGAGUGUCUAAUGAUGUGGAAAACUAUUACAGACCUUCAAUGCUUGAGGACCCAUGGGCUGGCCUAGAGCCAGUUUCUGUUACAGACAUAAACCAACAAUACAGCAGUGAGCAAACAACAUAUACUGGUAAAAAAGGGAGGUAUUUCAGUUAACACUUUUAAAGGCCAAAUAACUCCAUCCUGCCAGGAAAACUUUGGGACAAAAUCUUUAUAUUUACACAAGAUAACAGUAAUAAAGAUCUUAGUUCAUGCUUUUAUUUUAUCACAUUCACCCUUUUAUCCAAUUUUUUUUUUUAAUUGCAUUGGAAAUUUUUAUGUAUGGGGAGGGAAAAAAAAGUGGUAGGAUAAGUUACCUUUCUGGCUAUGUGGAAGUGCCUACCAGCUUUGAAGAACAAAGUGUUCUUUAAUCACCAGCGACUGAUUUGUGACUGUUAAAACAGGUUUCCAUAUAUUUACCUCUUCCAUGCCAGAUUGUUAGCCUUUUAUUGUAAACUCCUUUAAAUAAUGGUAUUUUUUUAUGUUUCAACAUUUUUAGAAUGAAGUAACUUGGAAAUAAAAUAAAAUUUUGUAAAACCUUGUUUUGUAAUGUAUAAAGAUUACUUUUGGACUUUUGUUAAGGCGUACUGAUUAACAGAAAUAGUACUAGUUAUAUUAGGUGACUUUGUAAAUGUGCUUGUAUGCUGUAGUUAACCUCUGAUUUUGUGCAUAGUAUUUUUUGUUAACUAGUGUAAUGUGAAACUGAAACGUAACUUUAGCCAUCUCAGGAAACAGAUGUGUUGUCUUACAGAUGUUUAAUUUGUUGAACCAGAUCUUGAAUCCUAAACAUUAUUCUGUAAUAUUUACUUCUGUAUUUAGGGAAAAAAAAAAAAGCAUUUGAAACAAGAUUACAUGUUUCUGGAUUACAGCCAGGUCUGUGGCAAUUUUAGACUAAGCAACACAAAAUAUAAGAAUUAAUUAAAUGCAAAUGUACUACUUUCUGGAUUUACCUUUGGAUUAGCAUAGAAUGAAUAGAACUUUGUUGUACAGUUGGCAUGAGUAUAUAAAUAGCAUCUUAUUUUUGAUCUGUUCUGGGUUUUUUAAUUUUUACCUACAACUAGCAUCUUUUUCUAAAGAAUUCUUGUUUUCAGUGUGUGCAUGCUAUAUCUUUUAUCCUGAAGAGGAAAACAACAAGGUUUUUUUUCUUUUUUUAGGCCUUGUCUAUAUAUGGAGGAUCCAUUCUUAAAUUCAUUAGUGAAUAUUGUAAUUUAGAACAAAUCAUAAUUAAUUCCAGCUGUAGGCAUGCUCUUUACCAAGCCACAUUAAGCCUGCAGUGGAUAUCUAAAAUGUUGUUUGACCCUACUGUUAUUUGUUGAUCUUUGCUUUUAGGCAGUAUGUGGAAGAUGAAAACUUAGUUAAAUAAAAAACACUAGUUCAGUUUUCAAAACAUAUUUAUUUUCUUUUAAGCUUAUGUACUUCACAGAAAACUAGAAAACAUUUUUGUAGUCCUGAAGCAUGGUUAUGUGGAAUAGCACAGGGAAUUGCCUUACAUUGUUCUGAGUAUCUUGUGUUUUGCUGAGGUACAAUUGUCCUAUGGUACUGCUUGGUCUGUUUCAUCAUAAAGUAUCUUGGCUUAAUACCAGCUUCAGGAACGACUUAAAACUGGAAGGGGGAGUGUGUUUGUGGGGAGGGAAGAGGGGCAUCCACUUGUUGAUACAUGCUAGCUGAGUCGUAAACUUUUAUGACCAUAACCUAAAGUUUUUUGCUUGUUUUUCUUCAAUUGGCCUUUUUGCUUGUUCUAGUACUCUAUUCUAAAAGGCUGCUCGGAGAACUGAGACCAUAAUGCCUGCUUGAUAUCACGAGUUCUUAAAUCAUCAUCCCAGAAUCAAAACUGUCCCUUAUAUGGCAGCUAUCAGUAUUGGUAUCUGUAACACAUACCAGCAGAACUGAAAUUACUUGAUUAGUUGUAGAUACUCUUCAGAAUUUAAAAAUCAGUUAUGUCAUUUUAGAAGGGUGGAGUAUGAAGUUUUCCUUCCUUUUUUUUCUUUUUAACUGUAGCAGGUUCUGUAAAGCUCACAAAGUUGUAGGGUGAUUAACUGAGUCAUCUUUUUUGUUACUUUUUUCCAUUGUAAUUCAAUGCACUUUAUUUUUUGAAAUGUGUUUGGUGAUCUUGUGGAAAUAGAUCUGAUAGUACUUGAUGUUUUUAAGAGACUAAAGCUAUGACGUGUUCCCAGUUAUACAUGAGAAGAAACUGGGUUUGGAAAGGAGAAAGGAAAGGAAAAGGAUUCAUGACAGAAGAGAGACUGUUAGAGAUGAACUCUUUUUACAGUAACCAGUAUCAGCUGCCCUUGCACACUGCAAAGAUGUGUUUUUCCACUUUGGCUUUCCAGUUGACCAAGGGAUCAAAGCCAGUCGUCUCUGGUAAUAACUGUUUGCUCCUGGAACUGGGUGUCAGACAUCAGUGAAGGUAAAUGUUCCAGAAAGAGAAUUCAGGAAAUAAUCUUGAAGCAUUGUUUAAUCAAUACAGGCUUUCCACAAUAUCAUCUUUUAAGCUGCUGCUCCUAUGCACUUCAGGAUAUGACCCAACAAUUAAAAGUACAUCAUGCUGCUAACGACUCAUAAUUUGAUCAAGAAUCUGCAAGGAAUUUAGAUGUAAUAAGAAUACUAAACUCAUCACACCAUGCCAAAAACUUUAAAGUGAUUCAACUUUCUGGCUUCUAGGAAAAAUUCUGAAAUUACAGAAAAAUUUCAAAAUGUUGUUGUUGGAUAGCUGUAAAAUGCAUGAACGCGUGUUUAGAACUAUAAAUAUAAUGUACUUAAAGCCAGUUUAAACUUUGCCUUUUUUUUUUUUUUUUUUUUUUUUGCUAUGAUAUCCAGGAAGCUUGAGCACUUACUUCCUCGCUGAUUUUUGUCCCUUUUCCCAUAUGGCAAACAUUCUUUCUCCCACAUGUUUCUAAUGAAGAUAGGAAAUAUCACUUCCUCACUUGUUUAUGAAGCAUCUUCAUAGCAACAUUAUGGCUCUGGAAGUAGUAUUUGAUGAUAAGAAAAAAAAAAAACAUCUGAAAUGCAUCCCUACUUCAUGAGCCCAUGAAACAGAAUAGUUUCUGUGUCUCUCUAAUGAAGGUAUUCUUCUGUAAUGGGCACACUUAAGAAUAUGGGUUUUACGCUUUCCUCAGCGGACUUUAAGGUAAGUCAUUUAACUCUUCAGAAGUUUGGAUUAAUACACAUUCUGUCCAUUCAGUUUUGUUUGCAUUCUUUGUCCGUCGAGACUUACUUUCUAUUCAGUUGUUGUAAAAGGAAUUGCAUAACUCACUACUAUUUUCUAGCAAAAAAAAAAAAUCUGUAAUUCUGCUUGUUUAGCUGCUGUGUUUAAUGAUGAUUUGCAUAUGACAGUAAGAUUACUUAAUUAAUUUGAGUACAGUUCCCCAUGACAUGGUAACACACCAGGUGAGGAGUGAUCCCAGACUGUGUACAAUACUUCAAAGGUGGUUCAAGUUUGGGUUUUCACUGCAACUUUAUCACACAGAAUAGUAACUUUUCUCUGGCACUGCAGAUGCACUAUCUUACACUGAAAUUGUAAAACAAGCAAUUUAGAAUGCUAGAUUUCAAUUAAAAUGGGAUUUCUAAAGUUCGUAUCAAGCUACUUUUUUUUUUUUUAACUAGCAUUAAGACACUGAAGUUUACCGUUUUUCUAAUGUAAAAACUGGGAACACAUUGCAGAGGAAAUGCUUCUGAUCAGCAGAAUGGGUAACUGCUUCUGCAGUCAGGCUGUUUUCCUGUUGAGGAUAUCUUUAUAUGCUCUUCAGUUUGUGUGUUCAUUAGACAUCUGGAAGGAUAAACAUACAUUUUAUGUAAAGUCUACAAGUAUCUAUUCUCCAUCUCCCUCCUAAAGAAAAGUUUUCAUAGACUGUUUGGCUUUUGAGUUAUGCUUAUCCGUAGUCUCAUUGACAUCAAAGGAUUUACUCAGGCACCCAAGAUUCAUAAACAUCUAACAAGCAUUAAAGUUUGAAAAUUAUCACCCAUUGGUCUUUCAUUGCUCUUUUUGAACUUUGCAGUGAACUACUGUGUCUUGUAAUUGCUCUGAAUUCCCUGUCAUACAUGUGUUUCUUAUAUAUGAGCCAAGCCUGUCUUGCAAGGAAUUCAGAUUUUUUUUUUAAACUAAAUUUUCCUAAGGGUAGAUAUUUUGUUCUCCUUUCCCCAAAUUUUCCUUCUUUCCAACUUGCUUAUAUCAGGAAGUUAACUGGAGGAUUGCAUCCACUGAUUGCUGAAGAACCAUGUAAUGGUUUCCAUGUUCCAGACCCUCAGAAGCUUGUGUGCCAGCUGACAUAUGUAUUGUAAUUUCAGAUGGCUCAACUACUACUCAUACUAAAAGGAAGGAAAUUAAAGGUAUGUUUAGAGUAGUAUAGUUGUAGCAUUCGAUCAGUUCGCAAUCAAAUUUUGUGCCAACAGUAGCUUUUGUUUUCAGCUGAAUGUCUCACGAAGCACAAAGAGUUGGAUCAGUUUCAUUUUCUGCCAUUUCCUUUAAGAUAAGUGCUUUGCAGAUCUGGAGUUUAGGAACAUUUCUUCAACCUGGAGUUCUGAAUUUACUUUCACAAAAUUAUUUGCUCAAGGACAAACCUAUGCCUUCCCUUAAAACCAUUUCAGAUUUGAUUAAAAGAGCUUUAUCUCAUCUUCAUUUCUUUCUCUGGGAGUACAAGUACUGGGCUAGCAACAGUGGGGUGUGGAUGCUCAGUGCCAGAACAAGGUCACUGCUGUUCAUCUCCAGGUCACCACUAGUUUCUUGCCAUUUCCAUUUGCUCACAUCCAGGAGGUGUUUUCAGCCAAAUAGUCAUACAUUCUGUUUCAUCAUUUCUCUCUGUGUUGCAGCAUUUAAAACUAUUUCAGAGAUUUACUUGUUGUGGAUUUUAAAUUCUAACAGCACUAUAAAUUGUACUUUGUAGUUUAACUCUUGUUUGUUCUUCUGCAGUAAAAUCACAGGUGAAUUCCACUGCCUUCCAUCACCUGUGAUUGUGACACAUUCCUUUUCUCAGCCAUAUAUGCAAACAUUGAUAUACAGCAGAGUAACUUCCGUGGCUAAAAAGGAUUGCACCAGUACAGUUUAUUAUUGAAAUUUUCAAUUCUCCUAACAUAACUGCUAUUAAAGUAAGAGUUUCUCCAUUCCGUCUUUCAGCGAGAUGAAAAUUAAGCCAAUGCUGAUAAUACUGAAAAAAAUAUCAUCCCACUCUUUACUAAGACAGAAGAAGGUAUUUCUCAAAAAUUACACAUGAAAGAAUUGCACUGUUUCACAGAUCAUGAGACCUGGUUUGUUUGUAUUUUUCUUCUGGAGGAGCACUGACUUGUUACUAAUAGCUUCAGGGCUAUCCAGGACUUGAACUUUGGUCAAAGCCACCCAAUCACCAUUUGACCUAUUCACUGAUGAAAAGGAAAAUUCUGGUUUAUAUAAAAUACAGAAUAUAAUUUCACAGACCUGUAGGCUGUACUAUUCACUGGAUGUGGAAGGCUUUUGACAGUAGAUUAGUGUGUAUUCCAUUCAGUUAGAGUAGAAAGUAUUCCUGCAUUACGAGUUAACAUGCCGGUAUUUUUGGUAAUAAAAGUUAUAUAUUCAACCACAAGCAGGGAAGUAAUUUUCAAAUAUUAAAACUAAUUCCCAAAGUUGCUUGAUUCUCAGUAUUCGCUGUUUUCAGGUAACAGUGACAGGAGUAUGGAGGAUUUAUUAAAUUUAUAUUCUUACAGAAGGAGAUUUGUUUUAUUCAAAUGUCAGUCUGAAUUCAAGUAGUGGUGGUAGUUGCAUACUGCAGAUCAAAGAUCUGAGUCGUUCAUUUCUUACUUGGAAGAGCUUCCAUUUUCUAGAAUGGGCUGAUGCACUUCAGGUGGGUGUGCUGGGUUACAGCUUUUGCAGUGAAAAUGCGGGGCUGGAAGCAUUUGAGACUGCUGUGAUCUGCACAGGGCAAGAUGGAUUGCAUGAGUAGAGAUGUCACUGCAAUUCAGUGUAACCUCUACUACCAUGUUUCCAGACUGCAGAUAGAAAGGAAUUUUAACACAGGCAAAACAAGUAGGUCUUGCUCCUGUCUCCCUGCGUACCUUCCUCUAGGGACUUUUCAUUUUCUAAGCCUACAGUGAAUCACAAUGUUACUGGGGUGAAGGAUAAAAGGAUUUAAAUUGCCUCCUAAUUUGCUGUCGCUAAGCAUUUGACAUCAGGUCAGGCUGAAAUUUUUAACACAAUCAUUUUAGAAUGAAGUGCAUUUAUCAAAAAUCUGUAUUGCCCUACUUUUAUGGGCAGCAGUGAUCAUGCUGCUUAAUGCUAUAUUUAAAUGCAUUUAAACCUGGUAUCCAUGUGUGUUUUGCUACAGUCUAAUUGCUAUGUAGUCAAGAUAGCUGAAAGCUGUUACUGUAGAGUCAACAAGUGUUUGCUUUGGGUUUAAAUACUUGUAAGCCUGCAUGAGGGAAUUGCAAGAGUUCAGAAUGUUGAACAUGCUGUUGAUACAUUAGUGUAAAUACUUAUAAAUGGAAGAACAACUCCUUUUUUACACUGAUGCAAAUCAUUCCCUUUUCAAGAAUCACACUGAGCUAAUGUUGAAACAAGGGAAGAGGAAUUAAGCUUCUGUGGAUGAUUACACAGCAUAAACCACAAGUAACAGAGCAAAUAUGAACUUAAACACUGAUUGCCAACUGGGGAGUAGUAUCAGCAGUAAUUGGAUUAUAAGUAGUAGUUGCACAAUGCUUUUAAAAUCAAACCACUGCCUCCUGUGGCUUAAUGAAAAUUUUUAGGUUAAUGUGAAAUAACGCUUUUGAGUUGUAUUCCCUUAACAGAUGUUAGGAAUUAACUUGUUGUUAUUCCUACAGUGGAGUUGGCAGAAAAGAAGCAUCUUCACUUCUCUGUUGUGAUGUCUAGCAUCUCUGCAUAAUGUUGUGUCUAUUUUUUAAGCUUAGUUAAACUUUGCAUUUGAAGAUCUCAGGGAUCUCAAAAAAAAAAAAAAAAAGGUCAGGAGGAGAGUAAACACUUGCAUAUGAGCCAAGAAUACAUUGCUAACUGCAGGAAGGCACCAAGGGUCACAUCUAUUGAUUCCUUGCCAUUCCACAUUCCUAAAACUAUUUUCUUUGUCUGUAAAUUUGUAGUAGUCUUCUGGUUGCUAUGGCAAUUAAAUUACAGCAGAUGAAAUGAUUUGGUUGUUUACUUCCAGAUGCUAAGAAAACAGUAUGUGGACAAAGGUUGAGAAAUUGUUGUGGCUAUUUUCAAAUGAGUGAACUGCCAAGUUGCAUCUCUGUUGAAACUGAAGACAGCUUAUGCUAUGAACAGUAUUCUUGUACUUAGAAUAACUUCUUAAAUAAAGUUCCAUGUAUAUAGAAAGCAUGCACAAAGAACCUUUAAAUAUCUCUUCUCAGUAUUUCUGUUACAUCUGGUUAUAUUUUCUGACUGUGUUUAAUUUCCUUUCAGAAUAAUCACUGGAUGGUCUAUACAUUGAUUCUGCUGUAGCCUAUCACCCUCACUGCUAUGAGGUGAGGAAGAAAUAGUGUUUUGUAUACUUUGCAAGUACACAGCUGAAACUUUCCCUGGUUUAAUUUCACUCAGCUAAAAGAUUGUCCCAGUAAGUGGGUGGCAGAGCUCUCCUUCCAUUAAUCAAAUCUCUAUCAUUUAUCUUCCUACAGUUUUUUUUUAACACACGUACAAACACCCCUUAACUUAGAGAAAAUACCUUAAUCAGAUAGAGUUACCAUGACUUUCUCUCUUGUAAGCCUUUUAUUGUCUCUUCCUCCUCCUCCCCUUUUUUUUUCCCACAAAAUUGUUUGUGCAUCAACUAUAUCUUAAGGCUUUUCCAUGUAGAUUUUCCAUGAAAAUAAGCCUGCUUUUGCUUCCUCUUCUAUUACAAGCUUGAUCUGUCCUUCAGGGUUCUACUCUCAACAGUCAUCUGCUGGAGCAUUUGAUGGAAUCGGUACCACUCAGCCACACAGCAUCACAGUUCACUGAAGAUCCUGUUGGUUUAUAGUGCUGGAGAUGAUAGAACUACUUAAACAAGUAGAAUCGUGGAGUCAUUGAAUGGUUUGGGUUGGAUGGGACUUUAAAGUUCAUCCAGUUCCAGCCUUCCUGCUGUGGACUUUUUGUCACCCGCUAGAUCAGGCUGCCCAGUACCCCAUCCAGCCUGGCCUUGAACGCCUCCAGGGAUGUGGCCUCACCACCCUCUAAGUAAAGAAUUUCCUCUUAACAUCUAACAUAAGACUCCCUUCUUUUAGUUUAAAAGUGUUCCCCCUUGUUCUGUCACUAUCAGACUGUGUAAAAGUCGGUCUACCUCCCAUUUAUAAGCUCCUUUCACAUACUGAGAGACUGCAGUGAGGUGUCCCCAGAGCUUUCUCUUUUCUAGGCUAAACAAACUCACCUCUCAUCCUGACUCAGUAGGAGAUGUGUUCUAGUCCUCUGAUCAUCCUCAGGGAUCUCCCUCUGAUCAGGGAUGAUCAGAGGGAUGAUCACCCUCUUAUGAACUUGCUCCAACAGGUCCGUGUCCUUUUUUAUGCUGGAGGUCUCAGAGCUGAAUGCAAUACUGCAAGUGGAGUCUCACAAGAGCUAAGUAGAAGUGAGCAGUCACCUCCCUUGCCCUGCUGGCCACGCUGCUUUUGAUGCAAACCAGGAUACAGUUUGCUUUCUGGGCUGCAAGCACACACUGCUGGCUCGCAUUGAGUUUCAUCAGUGAACAUCCCAAAGUCCUCUUCAGCAUGAUUCUCAAUCCAUCCUCUGCCCAGCCUGUAUUUGUGCUUGGGCUUGGGCAGUGGGAACUGUACAAGCAGACACGCCCAUACCAGUAUUAGUAAAAAUUGUUCUCUAAACAUAAAAUGAAGUCUGGCGUUCAGAUCUGUCCUGAACAUUGCAAACAGAGGCAAAGUCACUGUGGAAAGACAACAGAAAAAAACACACAAGAAUAGGAUGUGGGAAACCUGUUAUCUAGGUCCCAUUUCUUCCUGUCUGCUUCCCAACACACCUGCCUCUUAAAUAUUUGUUGUAUACUCAGCAUAUAUACACACACACACACAAAUACAUACGUACCUGAAUACACCCAAAUCUCAGCAUAUACAUAUACUUAAAUGCUCAGUAAAUCCUUGAUGGGAGACAAAGUUGGAGGGAAGAAGGGAGGAAAGCUACCUCAUGAAAGUGUAAAAUGAGGUACUCUCUCCCUUCAGCAGCCGCAGAGCACACUACUAUUUUUUGGUCCAUGAAUGACAAGAAAGCAGAUGUGUAUUUCAGAGAGAAGGAGUUUUAAGCAAAAAUAAAAGAGUCUGUGUGCAUAGGGGCUUUCCAGUAUAUUUAAUCAUUUAGUGUAAAUUUAAAAAAAAAAAAAAAACACACCAUUGA